AUUUAGUUUGUAACCAUUCCCCAACGUUAGAGCAUUGUGCCGGUUCGGACUGUACUUUGCGCUCUGUUUUUCAAUAGUGUAUCGAUAUAAAAUUCAACAGAUGAGUGAUAAGGUGUUAAGACUUUCGAAAGCUUAUCAGUGCUCAGUGCCGCCGGGCUCUGGCAUGGGAGGCCGCAGAAUGAUUAAGGCAGCAGCUGUGCUGAUAACAGUAGGGUACUGUAGCCUUUUAGUGUACCAUGGCGGAGUAACUUUCAACUUCCAAGAAAGACCGGGAGCAGUGCAAGUGCCUGACCUUUCUAUUGAACCCGUGACAAAAACAAGCAUUUACAAUAGUGGACAGAACAAAAACAUUACUUUAGAUGAUAUUUUUAUUAGUGUUAAGACAACUAAACAUUAUCAGUAUACAAGAUUACCGAUAAUUUUGAAAACAUGGUUUCAAUUAGCAAAGCAACAGACUUGGUUCUUCACAGAUACAGAAAACCGACAGCAUCAAAAUCAAACCAAUGGACAUAUGGUAAACACAAACUGCUCGGCGUCGCAUCAACGCAAACACCUCUGCUGCAAAAUGUCGGUGGAAUAUGACCAUUUCCUGGAGAGCGGUAAAAAAUGGUUCUGUCAUUUCGAUGACGACAACUACGUGAACGUGCCUCGUCUCGUCAGCGUAUUACAAAAAUACAAUCACCAAGAAGACUGGUAUCUUGGACGGACAUCCAUCUAUGAACCAGUGAAACUGUACAAGAAACCUACUAACAAGUUAAUGUUCUCGUUUUGGUUCGCCACCGGCGGUGCUGGAUUUUGCAUCAGCAGAAGUUUAGCGCUGAAAAUGUUACCUGUUGCCAGCGGCGGCAGAUUCAUCAGUAUUUGUGAGGGUAUACGGUUACCAGACGACGUCUCCAUGGGAUUUAUAAUUGAACAUCUGAUGAAGAAGAACCUGACACUGGUACCGGAGUUCCACUCACACCUGGAGCAGAUGAAGCUAUUGGCACCGGAGACCUUCCGUGACCAGAUCUCAUUCAGUUACGCGAAGGUGAAAGACGAAUGGAAUGUACUCAACGUACCUGGAUUUGAUACCAGAUAUGAUCCUACUAGGUUCCUGUCGCUGCAUUGUUUUCUGUUUCCUCAAUUCAAAUAUUGUCCAAGAUAGCAUUUGUAAUAAUAUUACAAAUAACUCUGAAAUUAAGUUAAAUUCAAUAUAAUCAAGUUGGAAUGUUCUAAAGAAAUUUUAGACGUGUUUGAAAAUAUUUAUGUUAUACAUAGAAUAGAGUUCAAUCAUGAACACAUUGUUUCCAACAUUUAGUUUGCUUUAUUAUUUUGUUUAUUGUUUUUUUUUUUAUAAAAUUCUUGUCAAAAUUGUAUUAAACUUAGUUUCCCAAAAUUUUUACGAUCUACAAUUUAAGUAAUUCAAAACUGUGCAAUAGUUUAAAGUUUUAACAAACAAACAUUCUGAUGUACAAAUUGUGAUUUUAGGUAAAAAAAAUUAAUAAUUUAUUCUUUCAUCAGAAUAUCAUAUAUAUGUUAAAAAUAGUUGUUUUUAUAGAUUGUGAUAUUAAAAUGUAUUCAAGAUUAUUAAAAAAUAAAAAAUGCUCUCCCAAAAUAAAAAAAAAAUGUAUAAAUAA